AUGGAGACACUGCCCCCGUCUCCUCCCUCGCAUAGCAGUGCCUCCAGCUUGAGCCCCAACUCGCUCAACUCUGGCGGUGACGAGCAGCUCGGCCUAGCGCAGCAUCCCCUCGUGCCCUCGCUACCCCCUCCUCCGCCAGACUGUCCUGCACCAGACAUGACUCCACCGCCUCCACCUGGUCCCCCCUCGUCUCCUCCCUUUGCUAAACCGAAACCAGAGACCAAUCCUAUGAAAUGCCGUGCGGACAACAGUGGGACAUACGAGGAGAGGCUUGAGCCGAAAGAGACGUCGGACUCGUUACUAGAGAGUCCGAAAAAGCCGUUGGGAACGACUCGACGCCAAUCGUUUCCAGUGAAGCAGCGACGCGAUAAUUUCUUUGUGGCCGAAUGUGUACAAGACAACCAAGAAUCGCAAGAGGAAGGAGAAGACGGGGACGCGCACGCAUGUUCAGAUGCGUCCGACGUGUUUGAAGACGACGUGGAGGCUAUCUUGUUUGCUGAAGAGGAGGAGGAUCGACGGAAUGGGUUUAUGAAUUGCCUGAUUGAAACGCAUUUGGAUAGUGCCGAAUAUCUGUACCCGGCGUAUCUCGUUAAGCUGGCGGCGCAAUUUACGGAGCAAAGCGCACUGGGGAAGGACCCUGAGGAAUUUGUUUAUUGCAAUAAUCUGUUGAUCAAUCCGAGUCAGCUGGAUGUAUUGGACACUCUGACUGCUACAUCGGAACGAGAGAGGUGGGCACAAAUGCGGACAGCUACUGCAUUGAAGAAGAAAGUGAGCGAGAAGAAAAGACGCCGAAGCACACUGGUUGAAGAAGCACUGGAAACGAAGAAGAUCAAAGCGUCUAAAGGCGCCAUAGAAGCUUCAGCGAGGACAGAAGUGGUUUCUGGUAGCAAACUGUUGCGAAAGCGCAGUCGUAAAAAGUCCACUGUAUCAAGGAUAUCAGUACCGCUUGCUUCACCGGAUAUUCCAGAUGCUCCAAAAGAUAGCAGCAAGAGUGAAAAAAGAGAGCCUUUGUCAACGCAUUCGAUGCACAGGAACGGAGAAGUGACCGGUAAGUUUGCUGCUAGUAUGGCCACUACAGAGAAAAUGUUGACAAACAGUGGCCGUGUGGAUCUUGGUGCAGCUGGUGCAUCAGCGGCGACCGCAAAUUGUCGGGCGUCGGUCUCAAAGUCUGCGAAGUCGAAGCAAAAACGGGUCAAGUUGGAACCAGCGAGUGCUCGCAGACACGUCAAGGAUGUCGGGUUGCAAGCUGGGAGUAGGGAAAAGUGCCUUGGAACGGACGCAGAUCGUGGCGACGAAAGCUCCUCGUCGUCGUCCUCCACGUCAUCAUCUACCUCGUCGUCGUCAUCUUUUGCCUCGUCUUCAUCGUCGUCCGUGGCCUCGUCCCUUUUGAUUGUUGAAACCUCGUCGGACGAUGAUACAGGAGGUGUGUAG